AUGCCAGCGGUCGACUCUGGACUCGUGCUCGUGACCGGCGCGUCGGGGUUCUUGGGCACCUACGUCGUCAAGGAACUGCUCCAGCGCGGCUACGGGGUACGCGCGGUUGUCCGCGACACGGUCAAGGGCGAGUACGUCCAGAACAAGUUUCCCGGCGCCAAAUACGCCAUCGUCAAGGAUAUGGCUGAGCCUGGUGCCUACGACCAUGUGAUCAAGGGCAUCGACGCUGUGGUGCACGUGGCGUCGCCUCUCGACUUUGACAACACUGGCGGCCCAGAAGCGGUUAUUGGGCCGGCCGUCUUUGGCGUCGAGAACCUCCUCAAGGCUGCGUCGGACCCAGCGCUUGGCGGCAACGUCAAGCGCUUCGUUCAGAUCUCGUCUUUCGCCGCGAUUGCCGGCCUGCCCGACGGCCACGCAAAGACGCUCACGGAGGAGCAGUGGAACGAUGCCGACCUCAACAAGACUUAUGAGCUCGGCGCGGCAGCUCCCGGUGCCCUCAAGUAUGUUGCGUCCAAGGUUGAGGCGGAGCGCGCUUUCUGGAAAUGGUUCGAGGAGAAGCGUGCCUUUGACGGCGUUACCAUCCUCCCAGGCAUGAUCCUCGGAACGCCCAUGGAGUACUCCCCCAGCGGUCAACUUGGCCUCACGAACGGGUGGGUUGCGGCGUUUGCUGGCCCGUCCAACUUUGGUAUCGACUUUGAAUUCUGGUCGCCGGUUGGCAUCAAUGAUGUUGCGUUUGCGACGGUUAGCGCGCUCAGCAAGCCUGAUGCGGGCGGCGAGCGGUACCUUCUGGCGGGGCCCCCGCUGUUCGGUAACGACGUCGCGAUCCUCGCGGAGGAGUACUUCCCUUCGGCGCCGACCAAGCCCAACAGGGACCCUGCGUUCCGUGAUGCCCAGAAGGCUAGGGCGUCCAAGUUUGACGGCUCCAAGGCUGAGAAGGCAUUUGGCUUCAAGUACCGUCCUACAGAGGACGUCGUCCGCGAGCUGUUCGACCUCGUCAAGGAGCGUCAGGUUGCGUAA